ACUCGCCAAUCCACCAAGAGCGCGUGCCCCCUGUACAAAAUAGCGACCGACGACGACUUUCCCCACCUCCCACCUCCCCACUAACCCAACCUCCUUCCACCCACGCAGUCCCAUGGCGAGCGCGGCGCCGGAGCUCGACGUCCAGGACCUCCGCCUGCAGGAGCUCAUCCGGGGCUCCAUGCCGGACCGGCCGCCGUCCUCAUCGUCGUCCCGCGUGCCGCCGCUCAGCGACGACGAGAUCGGCCGGUUCCACUGCGCGGUCUGCAUGGAGCCCAAGCUGGUGUUCGACCGGUUCCGCGCCACGCCGGCCUGCGCGCACGAGUUCUGCGUCGCCUGCGUCGUGUCCCACAUCGAGGCCCGCGUCGCGGACGGCAACGUGCCCGUGCCCUGCCCGGCGGCCGGGGCCGGCUGCCCCGGCGCCAUGCACCCGGAGGCGUAGAAGCUGCUCGACAUGGACGUGUUCGACGCCUGGUGCGUCGCGCUCUGCGAGCGCGCCGUCGGGCCGGGACGCGCGCGCUGCCCCUACCGGGACUGCGGCGAGCUCGUGGUGCUCGACGCCGGCUGCGGCGCCGCCGUCGGCGAGGUGCCUGAGGAGGCGACCUGCCCUGGGUGCUCGCGCGCCUUCUGCCUGCUGUGCGAGGAGCCCUGGGACGACCGCCACGACGGCGGCCAAGGGUGCGCGCUCGACCGGCUCGCUGUGGGGCGCAGCUGGAUGCGCUGCCCGAGCUGCCGCGCCAUGAUCGACCGGAUCGACGGGUGCAAGAGCAUGCUGUGCAGGUGUGGCUCCGUCUUCUGCUAUGGCUGUGGCUCGUCUCGGGCAGAGGGGAUGUGCAGAUGCUAUGCUUCGCGACGGGAGGACUUCAUACCACUCGACGCCGGCUUUGAGCUCAUCGGGGCCGGGCCAAGCGCUGGCCUUUCCUCGACUCUCGGCAAGGAUGCGGUCAUGUAAAUGCUUUGAGUCGACGGUUGUUGAACUGAUCGAGUACUAAUUAGUAGUGCUGAACUCUUGAGUGAGGAAGCCAAACAGAGGACUACCGGUGGUACAUAUAUAUUUUCAUUUUCCCUUCCAUUCUCUUGCAUGUAUGCAUUGUCUAUUGUGCUUCAUGCUGCCGUGGAUUGUGAUAUUACUUGGCAACUAUGGGCACCUUCAAGAAAA